AAAAAAAAAGAAGACAAAAAACAAUUUUACAAGUCACGAGUCGCAGUUUUAGUGAUUUUUUUAUUUACAAUUUUAUAAAUUUUGGUCGAUUCGAUUUUUUAUAAUUGUUGGCUACGAUUGGCUAACCCUUUAGGAUCAGAGCCGUAUGUUUAGGAUCUAAUCGAUCUAGUGGUUAAUUUUGCCGUUUUAUUUCGGUCCUGCUCAAGCGCUCAAGCAGCUCAAGCAGCUCAAGUGCUCGCAGAACUCAGCGGUACGCUCAGUACGGCAAGUACGGCGCCUGCAACUACGCAGCAGCUUUUUGUUCUAACAGCCUGGCCGAUCCGUGCAGUCACGCACGUCUUCAGAGAUGUCUCUCGAGCAGACCGCCUGCGAAGACCUGAAGGCCUUCGAGCGGCGUCUGACCGAAGUGAUCGGGUACCUGAAUCCCCAGACGAAGCGCUGGAGAAUCAUCCUGUUCCUGAGCUCCAUCUGCACAGCCAUCGGCGCCUGGCAGUGGCUCAUGGACCCCAUCACCUCGCAGGCGACCUUCAUGCAGUCGCUGAUGAACCACAUGUUCUUCACCAUCAGCAGCAUCAUCCUCGUCAUUCUAUUCUUGAUGGGAAUCCAUAAAAGAGUCAUCACACCUUCCAUCAUUGUGUCAAGGGUGCGGAAUGUGUUGUCAGAUUUCAACAUGUCGUGCGAUGAUAGCGGCCGGCUGAUCUUGCGACCCAGGCCCACGACGUCAUGAUGAAAAGACGCGUCUGUCCGCAACGGGACAGAGCUCAAUGCUGUGGUGAUCCUUCGGGCGUAAAACGGCCCAGAACUCGUGCUGCCGUGCGAGCCGUGGAUGCUUCCCGGAGUGGCAUGUGCCCUGUGCAGAGCUUUUUCCACGCUUGCGGACGGCAGAGAUGUGGACCGACCCCUAGCGACGCCCGGCUGCGGGAGGUGGAUGGCCUUCAACGUCCAAGCGGAAUGGGCACCCUCCCAAACCUUGCAGUGUACAGCACAGAAAACAUGCUGUUGGUUUUUGUAUGGGAUGUAAAUGUACCCUUCUCCUUGUACAGUGUACAUACAGUGAUGGGACCUCUUACUAAUGCGAAGAAGCUCACAAUGAGAGCAACCCCCGUUGUGUCAUGGAAGCCCGAAACAUUUGCAGUGUUACCGUCAACUUUGCUUCUACUCGGCGGCAAUUAGCGGACAGUGAGUGGGCACACAUAUGCGACCCCUGUUAAAGAUAAAUCUUCAUAUUUUGUACAGUUACAGUUGUUCUGUAACUAGUAGCUUGACUUCACUUAUUUUUGCUGGUAGUAAUUUAUUUGCAUUGUAAUUCAGUACCUACUGCAUAGGCAUGCUUAGUUAGGGCAUGCUAAAAUUUCACAAAGUAAAUGUUCUGGCUACGAGUCUCUAUUGCGCUGUCCCGCGAUUUAUUCUGCAUUUAUACAAAUGCACCCUAGGUGUGGCAACGGUGCUCGAAUGGUCCUCUUAAUGUUAAAACUCUCUUGUCCGUCUGUCUUCGUCGUGCAGUUAUUGGAAUAUACUCCGAUUUAUUUGUGCGCCAUUCAUUUUGGGAAUUUACCUUAUGUCGAUCAGUUGGUAGGGAGUCAACUGGGCGGCCACUGAUUGAUAAGUGUUGGUCUUGAAAUGUAUGUCAAACAUAUACCUUGUGGUUCCAUGGAAUUGCAGAGAAGGGUGUGAAGGCUUAAUAACAUUCUCUGAAGAGCAGAUGUAAGUAUAACAUGUCUUAUAAAAUUGUUCACUCAAACACUCGACUCUUGUCAACAGCGUCUCCCUAUUGCAAGGUCAAGGCGACUCAACUUCAUUCAGUGUGCCAUUACAUUUUGUACGAGGAAAUAACAGGUUUAAUGAAACCCAGAAUCACUCUUUUGAGUCUGUUCUCAUAUUUGAACCAUAGAUUUAGCAUAAGCAUUAAAAGUGUGAAACAUUUUCGCAA